GUGCGGAGAGCGAUAAAUAUCUCAAAUUUAGGGUUUUUGUUGGUGAAACGAAUCCGGAGGUUGAAGACGAUGGCGAAAUUCAAUGUAGUUCAGAAGCAAAGACGGGCUGUUAGAGCUCAGAUAAAGAGAGACGCCCAUGGUGAUCCUUUGACCAAGAAGCUCAAGAUCAAGCAACAGCCUACUUAUGUAUCCAACAAGCGUAAGCGCAAAUUGAUGAAGAAAAAACGCAGAGAAGAGAAGGAAGCUUUACAGAUGGGUCUCACGAACAUGGAAGAUGUUGAAAUGGCUGUUGCUGAAGCCAAAGAUUCCCCCCAAAUACUCGAAGCUAUAGGAAGAAUAUUUAUACCUGGUGAAUGGGUGAACUGUCAUGACAAAUGGAGAACCUUUCUAUUAGAUGGGAGAGCUGUAUGAAAUAGGGAAUCUUCUUUUCCAUUUUGCCCUGUGCUUUUGUUCUCAUACUGAAAUUUAGAACUAAUACUUAGAAAGGUGAUCUAUGGUGCAACGUUUUGUUGGGGUCUCUGUAUGUGUAUGCACGUGUGUUCGCAUAGUAUCUUUGGAUUCAAUUACUCCUUCCACCUUUCACAUUUUGGACCACUUUUGGCAUAUUUCUCACUUGUUACAAAUAAUCCUUGUGCUUCUUGUAAAAGUGAUUGGGAAUCAUUUCCAUGAUUUAUUAUAUGCUCAACUCAGGUCGGAUUUUGUCUAUCUGAGAAUGCAUUUUAGUAUUAUGAUGUUUUGUGCUAGAAUAAUACUUAAAUUCUCCAGCCCCUACACCUCUGUUUAUCCAUUCUCUCAUUUUUUUUAAAAAAAUUUGUGUAUGAAAAAUGAAAGAGCAUCAAUUCGGUAUAUGACACAUCAAUUAGUGAUACAACUUGAUUGAACUCGCCUUCAUUUUUCGUGCCUGAUUAGUUCGACUUCAAAUGAGAAUUUCAUUUUAUUUCUGAUACGGCAAUGUAGAACUUAAAAACACCAACCGGACGUCCACCAAGUUCCAUGUGAAGAAGAGUGUAAGGCUCAGGCAAUUAAGGAGCAAAGGCAAG